AUGAAAAUCCUAAUACUUCCAUUACUUGUACACUUGACAGAAUGCCAGUAUCAAAAAAAAGCUAUUCAGUUCUAUCAACAACCUAUUGUACAGCCUGCACGUGCUAUGAUGUAUCCUGUAAGGACUAAUUGUCAGUAUGUAUGGUGUAAUCAGAACCGCUACCGAUGGAAUUAUCGACCUACAGAAUUCUUCAACCCAUGUCCAUCUGGACGUCCACUGAUGAACGAAUAUGAAACUCCUGUCACUUGCAACUAUUUGAAUCAGCCAAAUGGUGGCUGUCCAGAGGACUAUUGGUGCCAUACUGGGGCAUCCUUCUCCACAACGUCAUGCUGCCCACGAACCGACACGGAAGAUCGCUGUGAGAUGCGUCGUGAUACCGGCGAAGGCAAUGAGCUUGUCGCGAGAUGGUACUACGACAAGAACGCCAAGCAAUGCCGACGGUUCCUUUACAAAGGUCUUCGCGGUAAUAUGAACAACUUCGUG